CGCAGCACUAAUUCGGCCAAAGCCCCGGAAUGGAUCAUGGUGCCAUCGGAAAUUAUACUGUUAUCAUCUGUAGACUAGAUUCCAAAAACUGCGAGGUCGACGGCUGGCCAAGCACUACUAAAUUUGCUCCCAAGCCUGCGGCGAACCCCGACUACCAUCGACGAUGGAUCCAUCCAUUUGUUCUCGCCUGCUGCUGGUACGCGAUAGCCAUCCUCUUCGAUUCCUUCUCCAGCCCCAUGAUUCGCCGCUGUCUUGUUAUUCCUUUUUCCUGUGCAGCCCCGGCUCCUACCUUAAAAGCGCAUUGUUUCCCCGCCAUCCUUUAACUUUUCUCUCUCUUCUCUUCUCUCGUGGGACCCCUCUGUACAGUCUUGUCAUCCAAGAUCCCAUAGGACCCAUACCAGAUUGUCGCCAUGAACCAGGCCGACUCUGUCGAGAUUGGCGAAGUCGUCGCUGCCCAGAAAAAUGCCCAGCUUCCAUCUGAGAAGGACCUGAUCGCCAAGGAGGCCAUCGUUGAAGAACCUCUUCCCCAGUACCCUGCGGGCGAGGAAAAUGAGGCCUUGAACAAGCUUCACCCCACGUCCGAGGAGAUGCAAACGCUCCGUCGUGUUGCUGGUCCUCUUAACUGGAUCACCUUCUCUGUGGCUUUCGUCGAGCUCUGCGAGCGUUUCUCCUACUACGGAACCACCGCUGUUUUCGUCAACUUCAUUCAGCAACCCCUGCCUCCUGGCUCUACUACUGGUGCUCUCUCUGGCGGAUCCGACGUUCCUGGCGCCCUAGGGAUGGGCCAGCAGGCCUCUACUGGUUUGACUUUGUUCAACUCUUUCUGGGCCUACGUGAUGCCUCUCGCUGGUGCCUGGGUAGCCGAUCAGUACUUGGGUCGUUUCCGAACAAUCAUGUUUUCCAUCGCCGCUGCGUUGGUCGGUCAUGUCACCCUCAUCAUUUCCGCCAUCCCUCCUGUGAUUGCAAAUCCGAAUGGCGCUAUUGCCUGUUUCGCAAUUGGCCUGGUUAUUAUGGGUGUUGGAACUGGUGGCUUCAAGUCAAACAUAUCGGCCCUGAUCGCUGAACAGUACCCUGAUGAGCAGCCUGUGAUUAAGACAUUGCCAUCAGGCGAACGUAUCAUAAUCGACCCUGCUGCCACAGUUGCUCGUGUUUAUCUCUACUUUUACUUGAUGAUUAACAUUGGCUCACUUACCGGUCAAAUCAGCAUGGUCUACGCAGAGCGUGGAGUCGGCUUUUGGCUGUCAUUCUUGCUACCUACGGUCAUGUUCUGCUUAGCGCCGCUGGUGCUGUUCCUCUGCCGAAACAAAUACCGCCUAGUGCCUCCGACAGGCUCUGUCUAUACUCAGGCGUACCGCCUGAUUAGAGAAGGUGUCAGGAAACACUGGUCUGUCAAGACAGUCAAGGUGGUUGGUAUUCCUUUCAAGAUAUUCAAGAAAAAUGAUACAGACUUCUGGAAUACUGUGAAGCCUAGCACUCUUGGAGAUAACCGUCCGGGUUGGAUGACUUUUGACGACGAGUGGGUUGAUGAAGUGGCCCGUGGUUUGAAGGCAUGCCGGGUGUUUUUAUGGUAUCCCCUGUACUGGCUCGCCUACAACCAAAUGCUUAACAACCUCACUUCCCAAGCUGCGACUAUGAAACUCGGUGGGGUUCCCAACGAUAUCAUCAAUAACUUCAACCCUCUUGCCCUGAUCAUCUUCAUCCCAAUUUUCGAUCGCUUACUCUAUCCCUUCCUUCGCCGUAUUGGGAUUAACUUCACUCCGCUCAAGCGUAUCACAGCAGGCUUUUUCGUUGCCGGGAGCGGGAUGAUUGUUGCCACCGUCACUCAACACUAUAUCUACAAGCUCGGUGAAUGUGGAGAUCAACCUAAUGAUUGCCUUCCGGAAAUACAUGCCCCAAUCUCUGUCUGGGUACAGGCCCUCACCUACAUCCUGGGUGGCAUUUCCGAGAUUUUGGCCUCCGUCACAUCUCUCGAGUACGCCUAUACAAAGGCACCGAAAAACAUGCGUAGCCUCGUACAGGCCGUUUCGCUUUUCAUGAAUGCCAUUUCCUCUGCAAUCGGCCAGGCUCUGGUAGGUCUAUCGGACGACCCCUUGCUUGUGUGGAACUACACACUCGUUGCCAUCCUGGCCUAUAUCGGCGGCAUCGGCUUCUGGGCCAGCAACUACAAGCUGGAUAGACAGGAGGAUGAACUGAACACCCUCAAGCAGUCCCGGUAUGAGGGGUCAGGGUUGAAACAGGACGAAGAGGCGAGAACUUAAACGUAUUUCUUUGAGCUGUCGAGAUGAUCAUGUCAUGUUGAUAUGACGAAUGACGCAUGAUAUUUCACACGAUACGUGUAUGAAUAACUAGCUGGGCUACAAACUAAGUAGUAAAAAGGGGUGUAUCUCAAUAUUUUGUUCCAGAGAUUUCUUCACGUAGCCCUUUGACAGCAACCUCCACAUGAAGACAGACCCACCCGUCUGCUGUGGAAGCUGGUGGGUC